UACACACACACACAAACACACACAUAUGCACAUAAUCAUUUCAGAGGAGGAGAGCUGAAAAUUUGGAAUUACAUGUUAAAAAACUUGCAAAUUGUGCUGCUACUUAAAUAUUUAAUUGAAGAAGCUAUAUGGUUAUCAUAAACAUUCUUUCUCAUUUUUUCUACUGGAAUGGACCAUGGAAAAGAAUAUUAAGCCUUAUUUAUAUCUAAUUAUUGACGGUGCAAACUGUGACUCAGUGAAUAUUUGUAUGCCAAAAAAGGUUUUGAAGUUGAGAAAUGUUUAAACUAUAAACAUGUGUAAAUAAUUUUGAUUAAUAUUCUCAUUAUAAUGAAGUUACUGUUAAUUUGGUGCAAUACACUCUUCUCUUCUUCACCUUUUUACAAUUAAAUCUAUAAGAUGUAUGUUUUGUUUUGUUUUAUUUGUUUUGUUACACCAAGUGCUGUUUUAAAAUUUUUCAAUGUGUGUAUAUGAGCUAAUGUUUUAUUUGUUUCUGUAUAGCAUGAUUGAAGAUAAUAAUUGAACAUUUUGCACUUUUUUAGUCCUUUCAAAAUUUGUAUUUUAAAGUUUCUAAGAAUGUACAUUUAUUUUGUACAUAAUAAAUUAGCUUUGUACAUGAAAAUGAGUUUCGAUCAAAUUAAAAAAAUGAUGUUACUUUCUUCAGUUGAUUUUUAAAUUCUCCAUUCAUAGAGUCUGAUUGCAUCUUGACCUUGGCUAAGUUAAGGAAUUGAAUACAGUAUUUGUUAAGCAGCAAAUUGAUCACUGCUUCUUUCUGUUAUGAGCAGAAUUUCUUCUGUAGUCUUGUCCAGGGGAGCGCCUUGCCCAGCGGCUCAUUCCCCAGGUCCGGCCAGGCCGAGGCGCAGCUGUCCGAGCUGUGGAUCUGAGAAGCGGCUCUUGGGCGGAAGACCAUGUUGGACUUCGCGAUCUUCGCCAUUACCUUCUUGCUGGCGUUGGUGGCAGCAGUGCUCUACCUCUACCCGGCUUCCAGACAAGCUGCGGGAAUUCCGGGGAUUACUCCAACUGAAGAAAAAGAUGGUAAUCUUCCAGAUAUUGUGAACAGUGGAAGUCUGCAUGAGUUCCUGGUUAAUUUGCAUGAGAGACAUGGGCCUGUGGUCUCCUUCUGGUUUGGCAGGCGCCUUGUGGUUAGUUUGGGCACUGUCGAUGUCCUGAAGCAGCAUAUCAACCCCAAUCAGACCUCGGACCCUUUUGAAACAAUGCUAAAGUCAUUAUUAAGGUAUCAAUCUGUUGGUGGAAAUGUGAGUGAAAACUUCACAAGAAAAAAACUGUGUGAAAAUGGUGUGACUAAUUCUCUGAAGAGUAACUUUGCCCUCCUGUUAAAGCUUUCAGAAGAAUUAUUAGAUAAAUGGCUCUCCUAUCCAGAGUCCCAGCACAUACCCCUUGGCCAGCACAUGCUUGGUUUUGCUGUGAAGUCUGUUACCCAGAUGGUGAUGGGUAGUACGUUUGAAGAUGACCAGGAAGUCAUUCGCUUCCAGAAGAAUCAUAGCAUAGUUUGGUCUGAGAUUGGAAAAGGCUUUCUAGAUGGAUCACUUGAUAAAAGUACAACUCGGAAAAAGCAAUAUGAAGAUGCCCUUAUGCAACUGGAAUCUAUGUUGAAGAAAAUCAUAAAAGAACGAAAAGGAAGGAACUUCAGUCAAUAUAUUUUCAUUGACUCCUUAGUACAGGGGAACCUUAAUGACCAACAGAUCCUAGAAGACAGCAUGAUAUUUUCUCUGGCCAGUUGCAUAAUAACUGCAAAAUUGUGCACCUGGGCAAUCUGUUUUUUAACCACCUCUGAAGAAGUGCAGAAAAAACUGUAUGAAGAGAUAGACCAAGUUUUGGGGAAGGGUCCUGUUACCCCAGAGAAAAUUGAGCAGCUCAGAUAUUGUCGGCAGGUGCUUUGUGAAACUGUUCGAACUGCCAAACUGACUCCAGUUUCUGCCCGGCUUCAAGUAAUUGAAGGAAAGAUUGACAAAUUUAUUAUUCCUAGAGAGACCCUUGUUCUUUACGCUCUUGGAGUGGUACUUCAGGACCCCGGUACUUGGCCAUCACCAUACAAGUUUGAUCCAGACCGAUUUGAUGAUGAAUCGAUAAGGAAAACUUUCUCCUUGCUUGGAUUCUCGGGCGCACAGGAAUGCCCAGAGCUGAGGUUUGCAUAUAUGGUGGCCACAGUUCUGCUGAGUGUGUUGGUGAGGAGACUGCACCUACUUCCUGUGGAGGGACAAGCCAUUGAAACUAAGUAUGAACUGGUAACAUCUGCCAAGGAAGAAGCAUGGGUCACUGUCUCAAAGAGACAUUGAAAUGUACUACAUUUACCUUUGUUGAGGAAAAUGGCCAUUUAGAAAAUCUGUAUUGAAUCCUUUUAUAAACCUAACUGUGUAAUGUAAACACAUACUAGUACUUUAUUAAGUAAAUUUGGACUUUUGUAUAUUAGAUUUUCUUAAUGCAUGAUGUACAUUUGUCUUAUCUCUUUCUAUGCCAUUCUUUGCAUAUGCUUUCCUUAGUUUGUCUCUAAAAUUAAUAUUCUUGAAAAGAGAACUUAUUUUGUAGAAUUUGGAGAAUAUGUUUUUCUGAAUAUUCAUAAAAGAGAAACAAAAGCCUAUUUGUUUUCAUACUUCCAAUAAAUCACCUUAAAGGGAGAAGAAAGGAUUUUUCAGAACUUUGUUUCUUGGAUUAGUAUUUUUAUUUUCUGAGUAUAAACUAAUUUGUGUUUAGUCGUUGCUACUGGGUUUCAUAAUUCAAUGGGUAGCCUGUCUUGUAUUUGUUAUUUCUAUGCCUUCUCAGACAAUAGUGUUCAUUUCAUGAAUUAUACAAGUCUCAUCAUGUUGAAAUGUUCUGAUCAUUUGGAAAAUAACACAGUUGGUCUUUAAUGCUGAAGUGAGAAAAUAAAAUUGAGUCUGGUUGGUC